AUGCCAAGCGCUAUAGAGAAAAUAUCCACUCUUGCAGGCGCUGUCUUUGCGUGCGUGCUUGUUUCGGGUGUGCGCUGCGGAGCUGACAGCGAGGCUUGCAGCUCUUCGCGCGAGCAGUUUAUAGAGUGCAACCACAUCCAGUACAUGUGCUUGGACGACGUUGUGUACACGACAGCUAGGAUUCUCAACAGGAGAAAUCUAACGGCCAAGAAAAGGUAUCCUUUGAUCUCCUGUGGGAGGUUUAUCUUGAAUCCCACGGCUGAGGACGUGCUGGAGCGGGCUCUCAACCAAGACUUUGCCAGCUUUUUUGUGAUAAACAACUUUGACACGUCCACAGUGAUUGAAAUACAAGACAGCGUAGCUGCUCUAAAGAGCCUUAAUAAAGAAGAAGGCGCGCCCGGAAGCACACACAAGCUGUCUGAUCUGGGGCAUCUGGCCAGCUGCAAUGGCAUUUUGAUUUUGUCCUUCAGCAGCUUUCCAUGCAAUAAAACGCACACGUUUGCCAUAAAUACGAACUUGACAGAAAUCUCCCCCAAGACUGUAGACUUUCUGGUGAAAAGUCUGAAAAUACCGAAAGAAAACAUAUGGGGCAACCCCUGCGUAAUUAGAAACGACCUGCACAGCCCUGCGAAGAUAUACCUGGAGUACACGGAUGUAAACCAGCCCGAUAUGCUCGUUCAGAUCCCCAUCCACACGAACGUGGCUUUGCUAAAGAUGAUGCUGUUUGUCUUUCUAGGAGGGGCGUUUCCAGAGUCGCAUGUGGGCGACAGCCUGCACUUCCUAGAAUCUCUGCACAAAACCCCAGAGAUAGUUUCCAAAAAUUCUUCUCGUGUGGCGCUUGCCCGCUUUAUGCAAAUUAUCUCGUACUCGUACGAGCUGUUCUGCCUGGAGGAGAAGUUCAAGGCGCUUUUCGAAACAAAGACCACGAUGGGCGUCUACAAGGUGCAGAUGCUCUUCUAUGGGUCCGUCCAAACAGGGUCGCCAGACGCGUCCAUCAAGGCCCUCAAGGACAUAUUCAGCCAGCCCACGCACAUGGCCGUUCUCGUGAUAGACAAAGAAAUCAGCCAGACAUACCUCUUCAAAUACUCGCGAGACGGAAAAGGCAAGACAAAGUACGACACAAACGAAGACCUGCGGCCUACCCCGGCUUCGGAGAAAUUUGUCGAGAGCCCAAAAGGGAAGCUCGCUCAGACGAAAGUCACGUUCUACGACCCCGUCGAGAAGAAAGACCGCACUCUCUGCAUGAACAAUGAGGAGCUUGCAAAUGAACUUCGGAAGAAAAAAAAUGCCGACACCCUGCAAAUGCUAAUGUGGAACGAUCCAAAGCUUAAAGACAUAGUCUGGAUACAAGUCCUGCUCUUGCGCUAUAAUACUGUUAUUGCCAUUCCGUACAACAUAAACAGCCAAGAGUUUACAUUCAUGCUGCGUGCCCUAAUGACAAAAAUCGGCCAGGAGGAGAUGGACCUGUUCUUCAAAAAGUGCAACGACUACAGCAUGAACGAAGAAAUCCAGCUGGUUCUGGCCCGAGAGGACAUCAACGACGAAACGUCUAUUUACGAAAACCACCGGAACAAAUGCAUUUUUAUAACAAAGAAAAGCAUAUGGGAAGAAGACCCAAAUCUUGCCAUAGCGCGCCUCCACCAAACAGCCGGAGGAAGCGUGCGGCAGAGGGGCCGAAAAGCCCGAGCCCAGAGCGCGCCGCCUUCAGAAAUAGAAGAAAGCCUAACUGCAUGCAAAAAGAAGGCGCUGCAGUAUGCAGAGCUUAGAGCCGCGUUCAAAAGGGUGGCAUACAAAAGGGGCUUCAGCCCAAAGAACACAAGGGUAUUGGAAGGGUCGACAAAAACGCCCUUUGACUUUCUGAAUGUGUAG